AUGGAAUUCAUUUAUACAUGCUACCCAGCUGCAGUCAUCGCCAUCGGGAGCAGGGACUAUUUCACCCGGGAGCAAACCAUGUCCAAAAAUCAAAGACAACGGACAUUCAGCUCAUUUCCAGAAUGUUGCAAAGACGAUCUUCAGCUUUGCUCCGAACAGCCGGGAUAUUUGGAGGACGUGCCAUCUGUGAGGGCCAAGGUCCAGCGGUUCUUUGACUUCUCAAGCCUUCACUAUCCGUGCCUGGACGAGGCACAGACACUGGCGCAAUUUGGCGACUUGGUUCAAAGGCACGAUCUGGAUCAACCGAAUGCCGACGACUUGCAGGUAACGGCAAUACUCCAUCUGUCCAUCGCCGUCCUGUCCAUCCUGGAAGACUUUCACUCGAGUGGCCACGACGAUAGCACCCCGGGAUGGACCAGAUUCCUGAAAGCCUCUCAUCUGCUGGACCAUGCAACUGCGAUGGGAGUGGGCAAUACCGCAACGAUCCAAGCGUGCACCAUGAAGGCGAUUUAUUUGACCUAUGCCGAGAAAUUCAACAUGGCAUACAAUGCCGUGGGCCAGGCCGUCCAGCUGUGUUACCUGGUCGGGCUACACGAUCAGCCCAAGAACGGCAAACCGUUGAGCCCAUUUGAGGCUCACAUGCGCCAGAGGGUGUUUUGGACCACGUACUGCCUCGAGAAGAACAUCGCCUUUGCCCGAGGACUGCGACUGCCUUACCUGAUCCGUGAUAGCGACAUCAAUAUCCAGGUUCCGCCCUGCGCCACCGACGACGAGCAGAGAGAGGAAAUGCAGUAUCUUGACGACGUCCAGGCCUUCUCAGACUACCUCCACAGCACGGUCCAAGCAACGCGCCUGAGCACCGAGAUCUGGGAUUGCAUGCUCUGCCCCAACGCCAAAAGACCCGUCGACGAAGAUAAGGUCAUGGCCAUCGAUGCCAAACUCCAAAACAUUCUCGACAGACUGCCAGACUACCUUUCCCUAGAGAGGAGAUCUCAGGCGGCGGCGUCGGCGGCGGCAUCGCAGCAGCAGCGGCAGCGGUACCUACAGGGGUCUCUUCGUCGGAUAUCUCGACGAGCAAGAAUCUUGUUUCUGUGCAUGGCAUGGCUCCAAUCACAGCGCACCAAUUACUUCCGUCUCCAGAUGCGUCGGAAGGAGCUCCACGCGGGUAGAUUCUGGCGACGAGAUCGCAGGACUUGCCUGGACAUUGCGGACAAGACCGUCGCCACCGUCUACGAGUUCUAUUUCUCGCCCGUGGCGGAACCUUUGGACCGGUACUCGUGCGCCAUCUACUUACUGGAGGCUGUCUCGGUGCUGGCGGCCGUUCUGCUCGACGACAACGUCGACCGCGACUGUCUGGUCCAGGCGUCGACUUCUUUCACGCGGGCCCUGGGCGUGCUCAGGACCACCGCGGCCGGCUUGCGCCUGGCCAGGUCGAGCCUGAAGAGGAUGGAGCAGACCAUCGCCGCGGCCGAGACCGUCGCGCGGUCUAUUGACUUCUCGUCCAACGACACUGCGGUCGACCCUGCGUGCGACGCUGCCACAUCGUCCACCAUUGAAUUCGACGCAUUCGGUCAACCGUGUACCCAGAGGCAGAAUAAAGCAUCUUCUAUUGAUCCCUUUCUAUUCCAUGAGCCACUUGAAAUGGAGUUAUGGGCCGCGCUGGACAGUACCAACGAGAUGGUCAAUUCCACCACCGAGCAACUACUCCUGAAUCUCUAG